AAAAAUGCAGGAACAAAACGAGCCGAUGUCUUUAAACCAAAGGUUGAUUCGCUCACCAGUCAUGGCUUGUGUUGCUGGUUGUGCUAUCUUAUGGGUUAGUUUUGGAAUACGACAGACAUUUGGAGUGUUCUUGAUUCCCAUUACUACAGAGACGGGCUGGCACAGAUCAACAUAUUCUAUUGCAGCUGCACUUUUACAACUGCUUUGGGGGUUUUCACAACCUUUUUUGGUAUUUUUAGCUGAAAGAAAGGUCGGAUUUGGUAAAACAAUUUUUGUGUCAUCAAUUAUUUAUGCCGUGGGAUGCUUUAUUCUAUACGCAUCUGGAAAGUCAGCAGGUUUGUUUGUUUUUGCUAUGGGUGCAGUGAUUGGUAUCAGUGCAGGUGGAAAUUCGUUUCCAAAUGUCUUAGCAUCGGUGGGUAGAAGAUUUCCACAAGGAUCCAAACAUCAAAGUAUUGCUUUUGGUAUCGUGUCCAGUUUUGGAAGUUUCGGUCAAUGCUGUUUUUUGCCUAUUGCUAGAGCAUUCUUGACCUCCAUUGGUUGGAGAAUGACAUUUAUAGUGUUUGGUGUCUUCAUGGUUGCCCUUUCUCCAUUGGCUUACUAUUUACAGACGUUACCUCCGAUCCCUGCCUUACCACAAAAAAAUGAUGAAGAAGAGAUUGUUAUCGAUGAGAAAAAACAAGACAUCAAUCAAGCUGAAGUGUCUCAACAAGAAGAGGUGCAAUACCGUCCUCUAGAGGAUAUUUCAGCCCCUGAUAUUAAAACCGCACUCAAAGAAGCCUUUACUUCCUCCACGUUUAUCUUUAUUACUUUAGGAUUUUCAGUUUGCGGUUUUCAUAUCGCGUUCUUAUCUACACAUUUACCUGCUUACUUACAAGACAAUGGAAUUAAUUCUUCUUUGGCUGCGUGGACAAUCUCGAUUCUUGGCCUUGGGUCUAUGGUUGGUACUAUUUCCACUGGGUAUCUCUCUACAAUUUUUCUUCCUAAAUACGUAUUGAUGGGUAUUUAUGGUUUAAGAGCUAUUCUUAUUGUCAUAAUUGUGUUUAUUCCUAUCUCCGUAACAACAGUCAUGGUAUUCUCUGUCUUUUUUGGCUUUCUUUGGUUGUCAACUGUUCCACCUACAACUAAAUUUGUUGGUGAUGUGUUUGGUCAUAAAUACUUGGGUACACUUACCUCAAUUACGUUUGUGGGUCAUCAGAUCGGAUCAUUCAUGGGCGCAUAUAUCGGCGGUGUUGUGUAUGAUAAGACGCACAGCUACAACCGUAUGUGGUAUGGUUCUAUAGCCAUGGCUGCUUUUGGAAUCGCAGUAAACUUCUUGGCAGCUGUAGAGCCAAUGAACAAGGUCAGAGCAAGAAGACAAGUAAAGAUUGAGAAUUAACUUAAAAUAAAAUAAAACUC